AUGGCCUGGAGUGUCCUUGGGAAAGCCCAGCUUGGGGGACUGCUCCUCUCUCUCCUGGGAUGGGUCUGCUCCUGUGUCACCACUGCCCUGCCUCAGUGGAAGACUCUCAGCCUGGAUCUGAAUGAAAUGGAGACCUGGAUCAUGGGCCUUUGGGAGGUCUGCGUGAAUCAGGAGGAAGUUGCCACUGUGUGCCAGUCCUUUGAGUCCUUCUUAUCUCUGCCCCAGGAACUCCAGGUAUCCCGCAUCCUCAUGGUGGCCUCCCAUGGCCUGGGAUUACUGGGACUUCUGCUCUCUGGCUUUGGGUCAGAAUGCUGCCAGUUUCACAAGAUCAGAUGGGUAUUUAAGAGGCGGCUUUGCAUCCUAGGAGGGACUUUGGAGGCAUCAGCUUCAGCCACUACCCUCUUUCCAGUCUCCUGGGUGGCCUACACCACAAUCCAAGACUUCUGGGAUGACACUAUCCCUGAGAUUGUACCUCGGUGGGAGUUUGGAGAUGCCCUCUACUUGGGAUGGGCCGCUGGUAUUUUCCUGGCUCUUGGUGGGUUACUCCUCAUCUGUUCGACCUGCCUGGUAAGAGAUGUGCCCUUUCCCCAGGUGGCUGGUCCUAGCCCACCAUAUCAUGCUACAGCAGAGGAGUCUGAUGGCUCCUUCCAUCCAACACCAAGAUCUAGGAACCUGUUCAUCUAG